UUUAUUAAGCUUUAGCUCUUGUUGGACUACAUGUCCCAGGAUCCCUCCGUAGCUACGGUUGAUGUAUGUAACUGGAGAGCAGCAGACAGAAGAGAUCUAAUCUAAUAGUGUUUGGGAGACUGACUGAUACCGGUUGCUCGUGUGAAAUCUGACAGCGAGUCGCCCCCACCCCCUCCCAUCUCCUCUUCACCAUCCUCCCCUUCUAUUUGGAAACAAAAGCCUUGCAGCAUGGGAAGUGACACUGGCUCCCAGACAUGCUGACAGACGGAGGGACUCGGCACCUGGGCCAUGCACAACCAAGCGGUACCACAGGUCCAGUUUUACUUUAGCACCCUUGCACAGACAGAAGGGCCUUUUAUUUUAAGGUUUUUAGCAGAAGAGACGGAUUAGUGCACCUGAAGUAUGGCAACUAUAGAAAGUGGAACGACUAUAACCAGCCGCCUGAAAAACCUGCUGCGCUCCCCGUCCAUCAAGCUGAGGAGACACAAGGCUGGGGCCAAGAAAGAAGACAUAGGCACCAAGGUGACGCUAGAGAAGGUACUUGGUAUCACAGUGACAGCUGGAAGAGGACUAUCAUGCGACCCAAAGACUGGCCUUGUUGCAUAUCCAGCUGGGUGUGUGGUCGUGUUGUUGAACCCUCGGAAAAACAAACAGCAGCAUAUCCUCAACAGCUCCAGAAAAACCAUCACCGCUCUUGCCUUUUCCCCAGAUGGGAAGUUCCUGGUCACAGGAGAGAGUGGGCACAUGCCUGCAGUGCGGGUAUGGGACGUGGCGGAGCGCACCCAAGUAGCAGAACUCCAGGAACAUAAAUAUGGUGUAGCCUGUGUGGCCUUCUCUCCCACCUCCAAGUACAUUGUAUCAGUUGGGUACCAGCAUGAUAUGAUUGUCAACGUGUGGUCAUGGAAGAAAAAUGUAGUUGUGGCAGCAAACAAAGUUUCCAGCAAGGUGACGGCAGUCUCAUUCUCUGAAGACAGCAGCUACUUUGUGACUGCUGGUAACCGCCAUGUCAAAUUCUGGUACCUCGAUGAAGCAAAGUCCUCCAAAGUAAACUCAACCAUUCCCCUGCUGGGUCGGUCGGGCUUAUUGGGCGAGCUCAGGAACAAUUUCUUCACUGAUGUGGCAUGUGGAAAGGGCAAGAAAUCAAACAGCACUUUCUGUAUUACUUCCUCAGGGCUUUUGUGUGAAUUUAAUGACCAGAGGCUACUGGACAAAUGGGUGGAGCUCAGGACUACUGUGGCAAACUGCAUCCUAGUGAACCAUGAGUAUAUAUUCUGUGGCUGUGCUGAUGGCACCGUACGGAUCUUUAACCCCAACAACUUGCACUUUCUCAGCACUAUGCCAAAACCUCACUGCCUUGGUGUGGACAUUGCUACAGUUACUGAGGCAAGUCGACUUUUCUCUAGCGCUGCUGAUGCUAAGUACCCUGAUACUAUUGCUAUGACAUUCGACCCUACCAACCAGUGGCUCUCCUGUGUAUACAAUGACCACAGCCUUUACGUUUGGGAUGUCAAGGACCUUAAGAAAGUGGGGAAAGUUUACUCUGCGUUGUACCAUUCCUCAUGUGUAUGGAGCGUUGAGAUCUACCCAGAGAUCAAAGAUAGCAACCAGGCCUGCCUUCCACCCAACUCCUUCAUCACGUGCUCCUCUGACAGCACCAUACGUCUAUGGAACAUGGAGACUUCCAACAUUCAUGGCACUGCCUUGCAUCGGAAUAUCUUAAGUAAUGAUCUGAUGAAAAUUGUCCUGAUUGAUGAUAACACCCAGGCCUUACUGGACACAGAGUACAACUCAGCUGGGCUAGGGGACAAGGUAGAUCACCAAGGUCUGGAUACCAAAGUUGGCAUACGCUCUGUGUGUGUAAGUCCAAAUGGGCAGCAUUUGGCAUCUGGAGACCGAACUGGGACACUUAGGGUGCAUGAACUGCAAACCGUCACAGAACUCCUCAAAGUAGAAGCUCAUGACUCUGAGAUCCUUUGUUUGGAGUAUUCCAAGCCGGAUACAGGGUUUAAUCUGUUGGCUUCUGCCAGCCGUGACAGACUUAUCCACGUGCUGGACGCCGCUAAGGAUUACAGCCUUCAGCAGACAUUGGAUGAUCACUCCUCAUCUAUCACUGCUGUGAAAUUUGCUGCAAACGAUGGCAAAGUACGAAUGAUCAGCUGUGGCGCAGAUAAGAGCAUCUACUUCCGCACUGCUGACAAGGUAGGGGAUGCGGCGGUUCACUUCACUCGUACUCAUCACAUUGUACGGAAAACAACUCUGUAUGACAUGGAUGUUGAUCCUAGCCUGAAAUAUGCUGCUAUAGGGUGUCAAGAUCGUAAUAUAAGGAUCUUUAACAUUAGCAGCGGAAAGCAAAAAAAGUUGUACAAAGGAUCACAAAGUGAAGAUGGGACUUUAAUUAAAGUUCAAACGGACCCUUCAGGACUGUAUAUUGCCACAAGCUGUUCAGACAAGAACUUGUCCAUCUUUGAUUUCUACUCUGGAGAGUGUGUGGCCACCAUGUUUGGGCACUCAGAGAUUGUAACAGGAAUGAAAUUCACCAAUGACUGCAAACACCUGAUAUCUGUGUCUGGAGACAGCUGCAUUUUCAUUUGGAGACUGAGCUCAGAGAUGACCAUUAAUAUGCGCCAGAGGUUAGCAGAAGUCAGGCAGCGUGGGAAGCAAGUGGAGAUGUCUGCACCACACAAAACGCCAAAUGCAAGGCGAGAGACCAUUGCUGUUAUGUCUACAGCCCCUGCAAUGUCAUCAGACAGUGAUAAAGAAGGGGUGGAAGAUGGCAGUGAUGAGGACAUGGCAGGGUCUGAUAAGACUUCCAGUGCCUCCAGUUCUUUUGGAAGAAGCCUUUCUUACUGGGAAAUGAAAAGGGGCACAAACGCAUCUUCGGAAAGAUCAGACUGCCUGAGUAAGAUGCCCAGACAACGUGUUCGUUGGUCCCAACCUGCUGGUAACAUUGAGAUGACUGUUAAGUCCAUGCUUGACUUGAGACAACUGGAUUCCUUUGCCCCAAGUGAUGACGUAAUUGGAUUCCAGCCUAGCGAGGGGCUUGGAAUGGAGUUUGUGGAUACAGAUAAUCCAAGGAGCCAGGCACCUUUUGGCCCUAUAGGCAAUCGGUCUCGCCCUAGAGUUAUCCGGCUUAUGUCCUGUGAGGAAACAAUGUUUAAGCAAGAUGUAGAUACACCAGAAGGCAAAGAAUGUACCAUCUUCCCUGAAACAGAGGAGGAUGAGUCUUUGGACAGAUGCAGUAUAUUUGAGGUGAAAGGUUUGCCUCUCAGGAGUUACCAUGACAAUGUGUGUCAAGAGAAGCACAGCCCAGAUAGUGCCUGUUCAGUGGAUUAUAGCAGUCGCCUGUCUAGUCCUGAGCACCCCAAUGAAGAUUCUGAAAGCACAGAGCCCUUGAGUGUGGAUGCAAACUCCUCUGAUCUGGAAGAGCAAGUGGAAGCUGAGGAUCUGGAACCAAACAGCCCAUUGAUGGAUGGGGAGAUCCCUCAGACACCAGACCAGGAGAAGUUUCUCAAGCGGCACUUUGGAAACCUCUCUACUGGCAAUUUUCCAGAUGGACCUCUGCUAACUUCCGAGAGGAAUGAUUUCUCCAGCAUAUCCUCCCGCUUCCUUGCAAAGGCUCAGCCACCAGCACUCGGCAGGCAUCAAUCUAUUGAACCCUCAGUGCCUGAUUCAGAGUUCAGCCCUGCAUUAUUUCAGCCAUCACAGGAGCUUCCCACACUGAUUAAUGGAACUGACCAUCAGCCCAAAAGUGCCAUUAUGUUGGAUCACGAUUUUGCCAGCCCUCAAAAAUUUAACUACUUCCAAAGGAAGAGAAAGCACCUCCAAGAAUAUGGGCAUAUAGGUAAAGGCGGGCCUUUUUCCUCAUUGAUGCAAAUACGGAAAACACAGUCAGUCCAUGAUCUUGUACAUGAAGGUGAUAAAACAGCAGCCAAUGGAGGUGUUGUAAAAAUGCGUUCCCAAGUACAGACAGCAGCUGAGAGAGAAGAGAAGGCCAUUCGUCGUCGAACUUUGCCAUCCAACCUAAUAAAAGUGGAAAAUAUUACCUCUGGUACACCCCAUGCAAAGGAUGGAAAAUCUGCUAAAGGCAGAUCCUACAUGAAUCCAACCACAAGCUCCAUGGCUAAAAUUUCUCGGAGUAUGUCGGUGGGAGAAAAUCUAGAUAUUGGAGAUAAUCAGGACACGUCUUUGAGUUCAGAUGGAAAAGGCAAUUGUGAAUCCGAGACAGGGGCUGUCACCAGUCUCAUAGAGACAGAGAAGAACAGGCAAACCGCUAAGGAGACUGUCAUUAUCAAACCACAUUUACAGCCUGUCACAAACUGUUCCUCAACCAAGACUUUUCAGGCCAAGAAUCGAGCACACCUCACUCUAGAUAUUGCUAAACCAUUGCCAGACCGACCCCUCCUGUCCUUUAAUAAAGGCAAAGGGCAACUGGAGAUGGAGUCUCCAAGAUCACCAGCAAAUAGCUGCAAAGUCAAAAAUUCCUUCACAGAGUUAACUUGUAGGAAUGAGAACCAUUCAUCUGGUGCUGUAGAAAAAAUCAGUCCAUCGGAGGACUAUGGCUGUGGUAAAAGCAAAGAUGAUGAUGUUAAGGCAAACUCUAAACCAAAUCUAUCUCAAGAAGCAGCGGAGUUAUUUUCUGAUCUGUUAAAACCCAUUCACAGAGGCAGAGCUUUUACUAUUGGCCAUACUCCCGACCAUCACUCAGGACUUUGUUCUGAACCCAUCAGACCUAGAUCUCCCUCUCUUAAUGCAGCACCAACACAAAAUUCAGCAUCGUCUGUGAGUUUUGAGCAGUGUGAGCUAAUUGCUUCGGAGCUGCAGGACAGUCUCCGCAAGGCUCUGAGCUUGUACCGAUCUGUAACCACAGCUGAUCCAUCAACUAACCUGGAGCGCUGCAAGAUAGCAGGUCUGUUGACUGAAACCUUUGGUAUGGUGAAACGAGAGCUUGAUUUCUUGAAAGAAGGCAAUGGCAGCCCUGGGACAGGGGAAGCACUGACACCCCUGAAUGACACUGGCUCUAACUUGACAGCACCCAGCUUACCUGAAGAGCAUACCACACAUCGCCUGGGGGAUGACAAAACACUUGCUCUUCUCCAGCAAUACUCUGAACUCUUGCUGCAAGCUGUGGAAAAGAGGAUGGACAAGAAGCUCUAGGCAGCAAGUGCUCUGAAUGCACAUCUCUGCUGGAGACCUGCGAGCCAGAGCUGACUCUUGACUAGACUAAACACUAAACCUGCUUUGGUGCUUUUGGCUGGAAGUCAGUGUUGAUGAUUUUAUUCUGUUACAGCAGUAUCUUCAAACCAGCAGCACUUGCCGACUAGCAGACUGACCCUGCUUCGGUCAGGACUGGUAUCUGUUCUGUUUCUGCUCUCAGUUACUCGCAGAUACACAGAACAUCUUUUCUUUUUUUUUUUUUUUACUCUCUGAUCCUAAUAACAGCAUUUAUCAAGUGUUUUUUAUUCUAUUUCUAUAUAUAUUUUUAAAUUAUUGAUUUAGCUUUAACUGUCAGUGUUGGAUAUCUCAGCUUUUUAUUUCCCUGGAGAGACAAUCCAUUCAUUUUCACAAGCGCUCUCACUGUCUGCAGGGCCAGAUACCCAUUGCUUUGGCAGUGCUGAGAGGUUAAGUACGCUAAGCGUCUCUGUUUAGGGAUGGUUUACAUUUUCUUAGCAUUGUAUUGUUGCUGCUUUCUUUUUUAUAUGUUUAUAUUUGUUACUUUGUUGUUACAAUGUGUUACCCUUUCCACAUACUUGAGGGGCUGCUGCAUCACUCCAAUAACCUUGUACAAGAUGGUGGAAUCAGUUGGAAGACUGCUAUCUUUCCCUUUCCUUGCAGGGGGGUUGAGGCAGUGCAAGUUGGUUUAGCAACAUUACAUAUUUCCUGACCAAACCUAUGAGUGCCUGAAGGCAUUGCCAACUUACUCCCAGUCAGCAAAACUGGUUCGCUCAGCAUCUGUCAAACACGCAGGGUUUUCAUAUUGGUUUCAACUUUGUUUUAAAUGGCAGCCAAUUCUUGUUUUUAUGUUAAAUAACAUAUAAGUAUUAUUGCAUAUUUUACCUGACCUUCAUUUCCGACCUCUCCAAACAGUUAAGUGAGAAGUCAGAAUCCUGUUUCUCCCAGUCUUGUGUUCAUAGUUCUUACAUUUUAUACAUAUACUGCUUGUUCUAUGGCAUGGUAACAGUUUGUGCAUGGGCUUUGCUUGAACAGCUGAGAAGCAAGCUUAAGAGUCCCCCGUUAGCAAUGGGGGUACCCCUUUGCCUUUGGAAUCUAUAGACUUUUUUAGGUUUCUAAUGAGCUUUUUUGUUUUGCAGCUUCAGAUCAAGCAAACGACUUGGACAAUCCCUUUUAGAAAUAUAAAGUAGGGCAAAGAAUGUGCUGCAACCCCAUGGCUUGUGUGAUCUAUGCAUUAUUGUGAUCUAUUUAUGUGAUCUAUGUGACAAAAUGCACCUUAUUAUCCCAGAUUGUUCAGUGUGUGGGUUUUUAAGUCUUGCUUUUUCCCUUUAUUUAACUAAGAAUGCAGUGGUACACGUGAGAGAGCAGAGUUCUGUUGGAAUUCACACAUUUACUUGGUUUAGCUGUGCAUGUGGAAGUUGAUCGUUCAACCCCUUUCAUUUUAAGAAAGCAAUGGGGCUGGUCCUCAAUUAGAACAGUGAAUUUGAUUUAAGGUUAAUCCUGCAAAUGUAGUUCUGGCUGCUCUAAGCAAGGAAAGGGUUAACAGUGUGGGUGUAUACUGGCAGGUUAUAGAUUUAAGGGGCUACCAGUAUGUUUCAGAGAUGUGCCCAUUUAAGGUUGACUCGAUAAGGAAUUUUGCCCUAUACCCUGACUGUACAACUAAUCUCCAGCUUGGUGUUUGCCCUACUUCUUAUUUUUAUAUAUUAUUGGCUGUCCUUAUCUAGCUGCUCGCCAUUUGUAUUUUAACUGUUCCAUUUCAGCAACAAGUUUACGACUGACCUGAUUUUUUUUCAGGUAAUUCUGAGCCAUUUUUCUUGUAAAUAGUAAAGCCGCCCUGUGAUGCAUAGAAACAAAAUGAGGUCAGAAUGGUAUUUGGGGCAGUCCGGUUUUUAUAUCCUUAUUAGGGUGCUGUGCAGGCCACUGACCUAUUGCAAAGCAAUCAUUUUAGGAUGAAAUUAGUCAUCGUCUAUGGUUCCCAGUUAUUAAGGAGCUAGUGAUUAGAUGUAUGUGCUUACUGUUAAUGAGAAAUAAUGUGUAGCAUAUCUAUAACUGUUCUUGCCAGUAGGAGCUAUCCUACUGGGAAAGAUUCUUCACAGCUCACUACUAUUGUCACUGUAACUACGACCAUGGUGCUGUUGUCAAGUUCUAUGCAGAAUGCCACAAGCUGAGGCCAGAAGCCUUUCAUUUAUAUUUCCUAAACGAUCCCUUUGAAACUUUUAAACCAAGCACGAUGGCCUAUGAAGACUUAUAUCAUAUUAUAUUAUGGGAAGAUCUAGUUUGUAUUUAUUUCUCUGAAGUAACAGAGUAUACAACAUGUCUGGAAUUGCUUUACAAUAGGUUGCAGGCCCGUGGAGAAUGCUUUCUCCUUUUCAAAGGGUCAUUGAUAAUCAAGGACUGGCUAUUGUAAAUAGUGUAAAAUAAACCGUUUAAAAAUCUAUUGCUUGGCUUGAAGAUGGGUUUGAAGGCAUUGGCGCAUGAAGAAGAGAUGCAUGCUAAGUUCACCUUGAGAAUGCUUACGUUGGAAGCAAGCUGCAUGCCAUGCGUUUGUCUGUAUACUCCACACUGCAUCCAUUUGACCUUCACUGCUCUAUUAUAUGUCCUUUGUAUUUACCGGUCUGUUUAAAGGGACAUCUUUAGGUGCCACAGAGUGAAGCACCUGACUCCUAAGACAUUUUGAUACGUUACCUUUGUUACAGGGGUGGGUUUAAAAACAACAAGAAAACAACCUUUUUCUAACCAUUUGAAACAACUGUUUUUAUGUUUGUGUUUUUGCACUGUGAUCUGCCUUCUCCACGUGUCCCGGGGAGGAGAGGCUCUUUUUUAUUCCUUUGUACUCCAUGUCUUAAUUUCAAUAAAAAGUGUGGCUCUUUUUGAGUUUUAUUGACAUAA